GAUGGUUUUCGACCACUACUGUCAAUAGUAGUGGUAAUUUAUGAAACUCGUGGUUAAAAAUUAUUUUUUGUAUUUAUUAAUUACGUAAUCAAUGAUAAUGACCAAAUAUUAAUCAAAUAACAUCUUUGACUGAAACAUUUCGAGUACGGAUACAAAGUGUCAUAAUAAAACAAUCGACAAUUGAUUUUCCAAUGUCAUAGACUUUAUGUCUGCCAAGUUUAUUUUUACCCACAAUUUUUAUAUAUUUCAUAAAAAUAUAAAGAAUACAGCUCUACUAUAAUCGGUGAGAUAGAAAUAUAUGUUUAUUAAAUGUUAUAUUUGUAAUAGAGAGGAGAUUUUGUGGUUGGAAAAUGCCUACUAACAAUCAGUAAUUGGGGUCGAUUACCAGUGCAUGCCGAUUAAUUUUAGUGUAUUGGAAGCUUUAUUUAUUAUACAAACACAAUAGGAACACGCAUGAUAUGGCCGCUUAUGUAAAUCGCACGAUAUCUUAUAUGUCUGGUGACGGACCUCAUAACAGGCCUCCUGUCACAACAGUUUUAACAGAAAGAGGAAAACGAAUACCAUUAGAUAAUUCUCCUUUACAGAUAUUUGUCAAAGCAAAGAAAAAGAUCAAUGAUAUUUUUGGAGAAAUUGAAGAAUAUGUUAAGGAUACUGUUGAUUAUAUGCACGAAAUUGAGAAAGAUGGAAAAAUAGUAAAUGGUGAAAAAGUUAAAGAAACUGAAGAAUUUGUUAAUAAAGUACAUAGUAUAAGAGAUGUAUUGCAAAGAGAUCAUAUGAAAGUAGCUUUCUUUGGAAGAACCUCAAAUGGAAAAAGUUCUGUAAUAAAUGCUAUGCUUAGAGACAAAAUAUUACCAAGCGGAAUUGGACAUACCACCAACUGUUUUCUACAGGUGGAAGGCGCACCUUCAGAUGAGCCAUACUUAGUCUUAGAGGGCUCAGAUGAACAUUGCGCAGUAGAAUCUGUAGGACAAUUAGCACAUGCAUUGUGUAAAGAAAAACUUAACGAAUCGUCAUUGGUCAAGGUGUUUUGGCCGAAAAAUAGGUGCCUUCUACUUCGCGAUGAUGUUGUAUUCGUGGAUUCACCUGGAGUAGACGUUACCCCAAAUCUUGACGAAUGGAUCGACAAGCAUUGCUUAGAUGCAGAUGUUUUUGUAUUGGUAGCUAAUGCCGAAUCAACUUUAAUGGUGACUGAAAAGAACUUUUUCCAUAAAGUAUCGACUAAAUUAUCAAAACCAAAUAUAUUCAUUUUGAAUAAUAGAUGGGACGCUUCAGCUACUGAACCAGAAUUUUUAGAUCAGGUGAGGAAACAACAUCAAGAACGAGCAGUAGAUUUUCUAGUAAAAGAAUUGAAAGUAUGUACGCCGAAGGAAGCAGAUGAAAGAAUCUUCUUCAUUUCGGCGAAGGAAGUAUUGCAAGCUAGGAUGUCGGAAGGAAAACCAGUUACAAUACCAUUUACCGAAGGUUUCCAAACUAGAUAUUUUGAAUUUCAAGAUUUUGAAAAGAAAUUCGAAGAGUGCAUCUCCAAAUCGGCCGUAAAAACAAAAUUCGAACAACAUUCUCAAAGAGGAAAAUUUAUAGCGAACGAACUACGAGAUAUAUUAGAAAGCAUAUACUCCGAUGCUGUGAGAUUGAAAGAAGAAAAAUUGGCCAAUCGCAAAGAACUUAACGAAAAAAUCAAUUACACCGAACAACAACUGAUGGUGGUCACACAAGAAAUGAAGAAAAAAAUUCAUAGUAUGGUAGAAGACGUUGAACAACGUGUUUCUAAAGCUCUUAGUGAAGAAAUCCGACGUCUCAAUACUCUCGUGGACGAUUUUAAUUUACCUUUCCAUCCUGAACCUUUAGUAUUGAACGUAUAUAAAAAAGAACUUCAUCUUCACGUGGAAACAGGCCUAGGUUCUAAUCUAAGAGCUCGAUUAUCUACAGCACUAGCUCUCAAUAUGGAAGCCAGCCAAAGAGAAAUGACGGAAAGAAUGGAGGCUCUAAUACCAGAAAGUUACAAGACGGGCUCUAAUAUUGUAACACCCAGAAGAGAACCUUUUGAAAUAUUAUACAGAUUGAAUUGCGAUAAUUUGUGUGCGGAUUUCCAAGAGGAUUUAGAAUUCAGAUUUUCAUGGGGAUUAACGAGUCUAAUACAAAAAUACGCCGGUAGCGGUGCGAAUUUCUUGACUCUAAGAAAAAAAAGAGAAAGUCCUGUUAGUCCCCAUAUUCCAUCCACUCCUACGGACGUCGUAGACGGUAGGCUACUCUAUGCUAAUACAAGUUUAGACGAUUGGUCAUUGUUGUCGCGAUUAGCCAUUAUGGGAGCAUCUUCUCAAGGAACUAUGGGAGGAUUAUUGAUAGGAGGGUUUCUGUUUAAGACCAUCGGUUGGAGAAUAGUAGCUCUGACAGGUGCUAUAUACGGUUGUUUGUAUCUGUACGAACGUUUAACUUGGACAAACAAAGCAAAAGAAAGAUCUUUCAAGAAACAAUACGCUCAACACGCCUCUAAAAAACUCAGGAUGAUCAUCGAUCUAACGUCCGCUAAUUGCAGUCACCAAGUCCAACAAGAAUUGAGUAGCACCUUCGCUAGAUUGUGUCAAGUAGUAGAUGAUGCUACUAGUGUUAUGGAUAAACAACUUAAAGAAUUAGAAUCGGAGGUGAAUAGUUUAGAAAACGCGAGCAGUAAGGCUAAAGUAUUGAGAAAUAAGGCGAAUUAUUUAGCGCACGAAUUGGAAUUAUUCGAGAAGGCGUAUCUUAGGAUGAAUCAUUAAAACUAUGUCUACAAUUUUUCGAUUCACUUAAUUUUGUAAUUUGUUUGAGUGUAACGUUAAGGUAAACUAACAUAUUUAUAAUUAUUUGUUUGCUAGAUGAAAAUUUACCACUUUUUUGUUAUAAUCGGAAUUUCUAACGGAGGAGAUAUAUAUAUAAAAAAAAACUAAUUUUGAAUAACUUGUAGCGUGGUGAGUUUUCUUAGUAGUAUGAUUGAAAUACACGUAGCCUAAUGUUUAACGUUACAUUUAAUGAGUAUACGCAAUUAUUAUAUUACUUUUUAUUUGUGAUUAUACAAUAGUUUUUCAUUUUUUUUUGAAAUGAAAUAUAAAUGACAAGUUACGCGAUAUUUUGACUUGGUUGUAUUGAUGAUAUGUACCACAAAAAAUGUAUUAAUUUCUAUAUGAUGAUAUGUACAAAAAAAAUGUGUUAACUUCUAUAAAUAUCUCAAGAAAGACAAGUUGAGGGAAGAACAUCCCUAUCUACUCCUGUAUUUCUGUGCUAUUUUAAAUAGAUCGGCGUAUGUGAUGAUCAAGCACCUUCUUCACUUUUGCUCCAACCGUUUGUAUAGUGAGGAUUUUCCAGAACUCUGCAAAAUCGCUUUUCUUCAAGUCUCUCUUACUCAACUGUUUGUUUGAGAAUUCAUCAGAAAUGAUAGCUGUUGGUGGAGCAUAUUUUGUAGUAUGUUUGUUAUAACUUGAAAAGAUACUUUUCAACAUAAUUUUCAUCAGACACUUUUCAUAUUGUCUUGAUACCCAUUCCAAAAUAGGCGUUUUUACGUGGUCACCACUCAUCAAAUGAAGGAACGUUUGAUUACUCUACCUGCAAUCCCUAGAUUGGGAUUUUAGUGAGGGUAAUCAAGUUGUUCCCAACCAAAUGCUGUGAUCAGAUCAUGAGUUUGAGUAAACGCAUAUUGACAGGCAUUAUCAUGAAGCAAAAUUAUGUCAUAAUGUCACAAUGUAGGUCGUUUUUAGACCUUCAGCAUAAAGAAAACUCUAAUGACAUACAGAAUUUCGUAAUCAGUAAGACAAUUGAACCAUAUGCAGUGCUUACAUAACGUGUCUCGUACUUUUUCUCUUCCUUAGUGUCUAGGCCUCUUUUUUUGAUUUCUAAAAACUUUUUCUUUUACUUGGUAGCACUAUUUCCGACCAAAAAAUUUUAUUAAUACAUUUUUGAACCACCAAUCAUGGAGAAUGUAUCCGUAAGGUGGUUCUAUGAGGAUAUUUAGAGAAUGUAGUAACUACUAGUUCGUUAAGAUAUAAAAGGACGGCCAAAAUAUGAUGGGUUUUGUUAGUAUUGAGGGUUAAUUUCUUAUGGGGUGAGUAGAUCUAUAGAAACAAACCAAAAUUAAUCACCAAAGUGUACUAACUUUAAUAUAUUUCGAGCUUUCGAAUAAUUAUCUUUUCAUCAUCUGAGACUGAAAUUAUGAUCAAGUACAAUAUAGGAAUAUGUAUAAAUGUAUAACAAUAAGUAAAUAUAUAAGUAAAUUUUAUUAUUGUUAUACAUUUAUACAUAUUCCUAUAUUGUACUUGACUUUAAUUUUAGUAUGAAUACAUAAGUAUUCGAAAGCUAGGAAUAUAUCAAAGUUAGUACACCUUGGUGUUUAAUUUUGCCAUAUUUCCACUACGAAAACGCUUUUAUAAAUGAUGAAAAAUUACUACUCACCCUAUGUGGUAAUUCACGACAUUUUUUCUUAAUAUUUAAUAUAUUUAAUAUAUUCGAGUUGAAAAAUAUAAUAUAUUCAUAUUCUGAUAUUUUUUUGCGAAACUGAUCCCCACGUUUUAUUAUUUUGAUAUAACGAUGUUAGGGGGUGAAUAUAUCGUUUCUGAGUAGCCAAUUAUAUUAUUUGUGAAUUUGUUGUUAUGUAAAUAAAACAAUUAUUGUUUGUUUUUACAA